GCGCCACUGUUCUUCAUUGAUAAGACAAGAGGCGUCGCCAGUGCGCAUCCCCAGCACGAGGUGGUUGCUAGGGCGUUGCUAUGGACGCCGCCCUGGUCUCCCGCACACGUCUUGAAGACGCUCUCUAGACGUCCUCAUUAAUGACUCCCACACCUGUGUAAACUCACACAGCACUUUCCCUGAGUGUACUAUGAAGGGUCAAGGGUUGAGGUUGGACCUGUACAACUUCGACCUUCCUCAGCACCAGGACUGUGCUUACAUCCUCACCAGUCCUCGCUCCCUUGAGGCCUGCAGACGUCUCUCUAUCAAGCCAGUGGAGUUGCUAUACAUAUCUCGUGAUGACUACGAGGCUGCACAUCCAGAGCAAUCCCUGCAGGAGAGACUAGUCACAUACCACUCCCUCGAGCGACGUAGACUAAAGCGUUUACGUGAAGCUCGGGAGCUGCGAGAUCGUCUUCUGGUUGACGAGGAGAGACGUGUCCGGAUCCUCAGUGAAGGUGGUGGUGAAGGGUCAAGCGGCACCUUACAGGGAAUGACAGCAACCUCGUUGCCUGGCCACAGCAAGGGAGAGACAAGAAGAGGAGGUAGACAGGAAUAAAGAGGAGGAAAAGGAGGAAGGGAAAGAAGAAAGCCAACAGAGAGAGAAAGAAGGUUGCAGCUCGUCCUCAGCGUCUGUCCUGGGGAGGCAAGACAGCCAGGCAUCC